AAGACAAUUCGUUUCAAGGAUCUCGUCAAGUUCCGCAUUCUUGGAGUUGGAACCUUCGGGAAAGUAUGGCUAGUGAGCCAUAAGCGGACGAGCACUCCUUAUGCCCUGAAACAGUUGAGUAAGCGGGAAAUUAUUGGGCACCAUCAAGUCGAGGGUGUGAUUCGAGAGAAGAAUAUUAUGGCAUCCCUUGAUCAUCCUUUUGUGGUUGACCUUGUCGCGACGUUUCAAGACGAACGAAGUUUGUAUAUGCUGAUUGCACUAGUACAGGGUGGCGAGCUGUUUUCUGUGAUUCAUACCGAAACAAGAGAUGGUAUCCCGAACGGAAACUCCCGUUUUUAUGCCGCUUGUAUUCUUGAGUCCCUUGCUCACCUUCACCACCGCAGUAUUUGCUACCGUGAUCUUAAACCAGAAAAUAUUCUCAUUGAUGAACGGGGUUACUGUGUUCUUGUCGACCUCGGUUUCGCCAAGAUCGUUGUGGAUAAGACAUAUACGUUGUGCGGAACACCAGAAUACCUUGCGCCUGAAAUCAUCCUUUCGAAGGGUCACGACAAGGGAGUCGACUACUGGGCCUUCGGUGUUUUGAUCUACGAAAUGCUUGUAGGUCGCUCCCCUUUCUAUUCCUACGGAACAGAUCAGGUCAGUCUUUUCAAGCGUAUCGUUCAAGUCAAAUACACCUUUCCGCAAGGUGUCGUUCACGACCUGGCUCGCGAUUUGAUUGAGAGGCUGGUCGUGCGUAGACAAGCCAAUCGACUCGGCUGUCUUUCUCGGGGCGAUAUGGACGUUCGCGAUCACAUGUGGUUUAGCAUCAUUGAUGUCGACAAACUUUUGCGCAAACAGAUUCCGCCGCCUUGGAUCCCCCGCAUCAAGGACGCUAUGGACGCCACUCAUUUCGACUCCUAUCGCCAUCUUGAAAAUGAAGCACCAUCUAACAAACCGCUACUUUCCCCGGCUCAAGAGCAGCAAUUCAAGGAUUUCUAA